CUAGCUUUCAUGAAAUCAGACCAAAACUGGGAAGAUGUCUUCCAUUUCCACCAAAGUUUAAGAGAAAAAGCUCUUUCAACAUCAUUAAGUGAUCUAAGAUCCAAACCUCCUUCUUCUUAAGGAUAGCAUAGAAUUUUUCAACUGACCCAAUGAUAUUUAGGUCUAUUAUUAGAACUUAACCCCAAAGGAAAUUAGCCAUUUUCUUCUCAAGUAUAUUUUUAAUCUUAAUAGGCAGAGUAUCUACUGCCAAAAGAUGCAUGGGAAUGAAUUAUCUUCGGACAAUAUUGUUGCUUGUUUAUCCUCUUAUGCAAAUUGGCUCCCAGCAUGUUUACCACAUAUAAAGGAACUUUUGUCAAACUUCACAGCUUGCACAGAAGAUUCUUUGUAUAAGGAUUCCGGUGGUUAUAAUUCAUCUCGUGGACGAUCAUCUAGUUCACGUGGUGGUUAUAACAAUAAUCGUGGUGGAAGAGGAUAUGGCACCGGAAGAGGCAAAAGUCAAAAGUAUUGUGAUCAUUGUGGUAGAAACAAUCAUACGCGUGAAACAUGCUUUGAAUACAUAGCUAUCCAUCGGGCUACAAAGCAGGAAAUACAUCAUCAAAUGCCAACUCUUCUGCAAAUUUAGCUUCUAUAUAUGGAUCCUAUUAUUGACUCAACUGCUUCUAACCUAGAGAAUCAUACUCAGGAUCACUCUGUGUUGUCCAAAGAGCAGUAUCACAUUGUUCUGGCUCUACUCCAGCAAUCUCAACUUCAAAACUCAAAUAAUCCUUCUGUCCACAACACUUCUACUUUUGAUUUCAAACUACCUGAAAAUCACAUUGAAGAAGAUUGGCAUAGCUAAAAAGCAUCAAGGCAUGUUCUAUCUUUCUUUUGACAGUCAGUUGAUUACUAAACCAUGUAAAAAUGUUGAUUCAAACUCUGUGAUUCCAAAUAAUAGCAUAGCUAGUCAUGUUGACACAUCUUUGUUA